UUUAAUUUAUUAAUUAGUAAGUAAUACCCAAUUUUUCCCGAAAAGGAAAACGCUCUAUAAACUUGCAAGAACAAGGCCGGUCUCUCUCACUUCUAACUCCCAAGUCCACACUGUCACUUCCAUGAGCUCCAAAUCUUGAACCUCUUCAGCAGCCCCAAAGAGACUCCUUGACAUGGUGACCGAAAACAUCUUCCUCUCCAUAAUUCUCGUCUCCCUCGUCUCCUUCUCAAGCUCUUUUACUCCCUCAGACAACUACCUCCUCAACUGUGGCUCACCCACCAACAUUUCCUUCGACAACCGACUCUUUCUCGCUGAUUCAGCGAAACCCGGUUCGGCUUUUCUCUCAGCAGGCCACUCCAUUUCGCUCAAGAACCAAAACCCACCUUCAGAUUUACCCGCUUUGUACCAUACAGCCAGAGUUUUCACCAGCUGUUCAGGCUACAAAUUCAACAUCAAGAAAAAUGGGACUCACUUGGUACGUUUCCAUUUCUCGCCCUUUGUAGCUCAAGGUUUUCAUUUAAAUUCAGCAAAUUUUACUGUUUCGGUUAAUGGGGUUUUCAUUCUGAGAAACUUACAAUUGAAUAGUAAUAAUACUGUCCUUAGAGAGUAUAUAUUAAAAAUAGAUAGAAAUGUGGUUGAAAUUGUGUUCACUCCUGUUAAUUAUUCGGGUUUCGGAUUCGUUAAUGCAAUCGAAGUUUUUACGGCACCUGGGGACCUUAUAACGGAUGUGGGGGUUAAGUUAAUUGGUGCUGCUGGAAUUCAAGAGUACAAGAAUCUUUCUUCACAGGUCUUAGAGACUAUUAACAGGAUUAAUGUUGGAGGUUCAAAAUUGACUCCUUUUAAUGAUACCCUUUGGAGGACUUGGAUCCCUGAUGAUGAUUAUCUUGUUCUGAAAUCCUCCGCGAGGCGUGCAAACGCUCCUCACCCACCAAACUAUCAGACUGGAGGUGCAAGUAGAGAUAUUGCGCCUGAUAAUGUGUAUAUGACUGCCCAAGAAAUGAACAAGGAAAACUUGACUUAUGCAAAGUUUAAUAUCACUUGGAAUUUUCCAGUGGGUUCAGCCAGUGCUCGAUACUUGGUUAGAUUGCAUUUCUGUGAUAUUGUUAGUCAGGCGCUUAACAUGCUGUUCUUUAAUGUAUAUAUCAAUGGGUACCUUGCUUAUGGGGAUCUCGAUUUAUCAACGCUUACAUUCCAUGAGAUUGCAUCUCCAGUCUAUGUUGAUUUUGUUGUGGAUUCAGUUGAUCACGGGGUUGUGCAAGUCAGUGUUGGCCCUUCUGUUCUGAGCAGUACUCUGACAAUGAAUGCUAUUCUGAAUGGGGCAGAGAUUAUGAAGAUAGAAAAUCUUGAGAGCGUGGAAACUAGCUCUAAGAAGAAGAAUAUUUGGGUUGUAGUGGGUUCAAUUGUUGGCAGCUUUGUUGGUUUAUGUUUGUUGCUGCUUGCACUGCUGCUUGCUAUGAAAUGCAGGAAGAAGAAACCAAAACUAAGACCUACAGAAAGUGCGGGGUGGACACCUUUGCGUGCAUAUGGAGGCAGUUCACACAGUAGAAUGUCUGAAGGGACAGCCUAUGCAUCUCCUGGCCCAAAUGGAUAUUUUGCCAUGAGAAUCCCUUUUGUUGAUUUACAAUUGGCAACAAACAAUUUUGACCAGAAUCUGAUCACAGGUUCUGGUGGAUUCGGCAUGGUUUACAAGGGGGUUCUUAGAGACAAUACAAAGGUUGCUGUGAAGAGAGGUGUGCCCGGAUCCAGGCAGGGCCUUCCAGAAUUCCAGACUGAAAUAACAGUUCUGUCCAAAAUUCGCCACCGCCAUCUUGUUUCUCUUGUUGGAUAUUGUGAAGAACAGUCAGAAAUGAUUCUAGUGUACGAAUACAUGGAAAAAGGACCAUUGAAAAGUCACUUGUAUGGUUCAGGGAUCCCACCUUUGACUUGGAAGCAGCGGCUUGAAAUAUGCAUUGGCUCAGCAAGAGGUCUUCAUUACCUUCACACAGGUUCAGCAGAAGGAAUUAUCCAUCGUGACAUUAAAUCAACCAAUAUUUUACUUGAUGAGAAUUAUGUGGCCAAAGUCGCCGAUUUUGGUCUUUCAAGAUCUGGCCCAUGUCUUGAUGAAACCCAUGUAAGUACUGGUGUAAAGGGUAGUUUUGGUUAUCUCGAUCCUGAGUAUUUCCGGAGGCAGCAGCUUACAGAUAAGUCAGAUGUUUAUUCAUUUGGGGUUGUGCUUUUUGAAGUUCUUUGUGCUAGACCUGCUGUUGAUCCAUUGCUUGCUAGAGAGCAGGUGAAUUUAGCUGAAUGGGCAAUGCAAUGGCAGAAGAAGGGCAUGCUCCAGCAAAUUAUUGAUCCCCAUCUUGUUGGAAAGAUUAGACCAAGCUCUUUAAAGAAAUUUGGAGAAACAGCAGAGAAAUGUUUGGCCGACUAUGGUGUUGAUAGGCCAACCAUGGGUGACGUGUUAUGGAAUCUGGAAUAUGCACUUCAGCUACAGGAAACUGGACAGCAAAGGGAACCACAUGAAGCUAGCAAUAUUAAUGGGCCAGAGCCCCCAACACCUGGAAGUGUUCCCGAUAUUCCAUCUAAUAACAUAAGAGGGGAGGGAGAAGACAGGAAUUAUAAUUCAGACAUAUCUACAACCAAAGUUUUUUCCCAGUUGAUGACUAAUGAAGGCAGAUAGCUUUACACUCAUCCUGCAAAUAAUAGUCCUACAGUAUAAGCAAUCUCAAGGUUGCCAAUUUAGUUCUUAGAACUUCCACUGAAACACAUCUUAGAGGAUCCCAAGAGUCAGCCACGGUUGAUGAAGCUAGGGCUGUCUUGCUCGCUGUAAAGAAAGCGGUGGAUCUAGGCAUAUACAGUAUUGUAGUGGGUGACUCUCAGAAGGUUGUUUCUGCACUUCUAUGACUGGCAGAUCGUUUCCAUCAUAAAAGAUCCUUUAUUCCUCUUGAAGUGGAUCCUUCACUUCUCCUUUCAAAAGUACGUCCCAAUGUUAAAUGGUUUGAGUACAAUUUAAUCAGAUGUAGUCAUGGACCGUCCUCCACUUUUGAAAAGUGGAAGCAUUUCCGUGUUCUCCUGUUCUUCCUUCCCUCAAUUGUUGCCCGUUAUAAGUGAUCUCAAACCCCGUGACCCUGCCUCCCCACUUUUUUUUUUUUUUUUUCCUGUCUUUUUCUCUUGUGGUUUUCCUUGUAUUUAUUAAAGGAAAAGAAAGACACUUGUAACUUCUUCGGCUUUAUUCAUAGCUGAGGAACCUCAAGGGCCCUAGGCUAAGUGGACAUGAUAUGUGCUCCAGCAGCUGUACCAAUGAACUGCAUUUGGUGUGCCCGCAGCUAUUCCAGUCUGGAUGACAGCAAGGAAGUGGGGGAGGGGCCUCUCCACUAAAGACGAGUGGACUAUCUUCAUCAUCUUCGACCCACUGCCGAUUCACAUGAUCACAUCUAUUUAGUCAUCAUCCUUAAUUAUGUUCCCUUGGACUAGAGGACCCUGUUCGACCAAUGAUUCUUCAAUUAUAAUGUAAAUAUUUCAGAAACCAAAUAUAUGAAGAGACGAAACAAAAACCGUAAUAUAAACAACAGUUGUCCGGUUGAAA